AUGGCCGACGUCGCAGUCCCGCCCGACGUCGUCGCAGAGGUCACCCAGAUCCUCUCCAACCUCGUCCUCGGCGACAACCAAAUUCGUUCCAGUGCAGAGCAGGUCGUCGAAGAACGCCUCGCAAGCACCCCCGAGCUCUAUCUCCUCGCCAUCGCCCAAUUCGCCACCUCCGCAGAUACAGAACUCAUGCGCUCCUUCUCCCUCGUCCUCCUCCGCCGCCUUCUCUUCCGCCCGUCCACCACCCACCGCGUCCCUCUCUACGACCACCUCGGCCCCCAGGCCAUCGAGACCCUCCACCGCAUCCUUCUCCACUCCCUCCUCCACGAGCCCGCGCCCGUCGUCCGUCGCAAGACAGUCGACACCGUCACCGACCUCUCCAACAACGCGUCCAAGCGCGGCUACCCGUGGAACGCCCUCCGCUCCCAGGUGUUCGCCAUGGCCGACAGCCCCGACGUCCUCACCCGCGAGGCCGCCUUCCGCGUCUUCGCCGGCUGCCCCAACCUCCUCGUCGAUCUCCCCACCGACGCCACCGUAGCCCUCCUCCAGCGCGGGCUCCAGGACGCCCAGAGCACAGAGGUCCGGCUCGCAGCCCUCCGCGCGUCCGCCGCCUUCCUCACCUCAUCCGACCUCGCCCAACAAGCACAGGCGCUCGCCCUCAUGUACCCCAUGCUCAACACCCUCCCCUCCGUCCCGCGCGCACAGCAGCCGCCGUUCCUCUCCGUCCUGACCGACCUCGCUGCGUCCAACCCACACCUCUUUCGACCACAUAUCCCCGCCCUGCUCACCUUCCUGCCGUCGCUAUUGCUGCCCGUGGUCGAUGCGGGCCCGACUCCGACCGUGGCGCGGCCGAAUCCGGGUACGUUCGCGUUCCCUCCUGUGACGAGCGCUGGGAAGGGAGAGAACGGAGAGGAGAGGGAAAACGGGGAGGACGACGAGGUGCGGAAGGGCGCACUGGAGUUCAUGACGACGCUCAGCGAGGCCAAGCCGAGCAUGCUCAAGGGCGUGGAGGCGUGGGUGAACAUCGUCGUGCGGGGGUGCCUGGAGGGCAUGGGCGAGAUCCCUGAGGACGACACCGAGGCGUGGCUGGACGCGGACCCAGCGGAAGACCCGACAGAAGACUCGUACCCGCACACGUACGAGCACUCGCUGGACCGCGUCGCGUGCGCGCUGGGCGGGGCGGCGGUGCUCCCUCAGGCAUUCUCGUUCAUCCCGGCCAUGCUCGCGUCGCACGACUGGCGGCUCCGACAUGCGGGGCUCAUGGCCAUCGCGUCGAUCGCGGAGGGGACGAGCAAAGUGAUGCAAAACGAGCUCGGAAAGGUCAUCGACCUGGUCGUCCCGAUGUUUGGCGACGCGCACCCGCGCGUGCGCUACGCCGCUUGCCAGUGCAUCGGACAGCUGUGCACAGAUCUCGAGGAGGUCGUCCAGGAAAAGUUCCACCAGCAAAUCUUCGCGGCCCUCAUCCCUGCGCUCGAGGCACCCGAGGCUCGAGUGCACGCGCACGCAGCGGCUGCGCUCAUCAACUUCUGCGAAGGGGUAGAGCGAGAAACCCUAAUCCCGUACCUCGACUCCAUCGUGGAGCGCCUGCUGAAGCUGCUCAACCCCGCGGCGACGGACGCGGCGAGGCAGCCGAAACGGUAUGUCCAGGAGCAGGUCAUCACGACGCUCGCAAUGGUCGCGGACGCGAGCGAGGCGACGUUCGCCAAGCAUUACGCGACGAUCAUGCCUCUGCUGCUGAACGUCAUGCAGAAUGCGAACGGCGCCGAGUACAGGAAGCUGCGGGUCAAGGCAAUGGAGUGCGCGGGCCUCAUCGCCAUCGCAGUCGGCCGCGAUAUCUUCCGCCCUGACUCACGGACGUUCGUCGAGCUCCUCAUGCGCAUCCAGAACAGCCCAGUGGACCCGAACGACACCAUGCUGAGUCAUUUCCUCAUCGCGACGUGGGCGAAGGUUUGUCAAGCUCUCGGGGAGGAGUUCGAGCCUUACCUACCCGUCGUCAUGCCCCCACUUCUCCGCGUUGCGAGCUCGAAGGCGGACAUCUCGAUAUAUGGCACAGACGACGACGAAGAGCGCGAGGAACGGGACGGCUGGGAGAGCAUCUCGAUGGACGGUCGCCAGGUCGGCGUCAAGACGUCUGCACUGGAAGACAAGUGCCAGGCGUUCGAGACCCUGCUCAUCCACGCGUCCACGCUCAACGCGCGGUUUGGGCCGUAUGUCUCGCAGACCCUGGAGCUCGCGUUGCCUGGAUUGCGCUUCUACAUACACGACGGCGUCCAAGAGGCGUGCGCCAUGUUGAUACCGGUGUUGUUCUCGUGCGGCAAAAACAGCGGGACGCUGACGCAGCAGAUGGUCGCCGCGACUUUCUCGCAGCUGAUCAACUGCAUCGGCCACGAGACCGACUCGUCGUUUCUCGCGUCCCUCUUCAAGUGCGUCCUCGACACGAUGCUCGUCAUCGGCGGCCCCGCCGCGCUCGCUCCGGAAUUCCACAGCGGGCUGCUCGAGGCGACGAAGCGCCAGCUGCAGUCGCUCGCGGACAGGCGGAAGGCGCGCGCGGGGCGGCCCUCGCACGAGUUGCGCGAGGACAAGGAGGAUUUGAUGCUCAUCGAGGAGAUGGAGGACUUCGCGCUCGAGGACAUGGCGAAGGUCCUGCGGACGUUGGACGCGGACCAUCCGCUGCUCAUCGCCGUAUCGAGCGUGCGGGAGCUCGGGCUGCACCUGUCGGAGUGGGAGAGCGAGGAUGAGGGCGGCGUCGCGGGCUAG